GUGCUUUCCCUCGCUUUUUCUGAACAUGGUAAAUGGUAACUUUUAUGUAAUUUAUGAAAAAAUUCGGAAAAAAUAUACAAAAUCUUUCAAUAAUAAUAAUACAGAGUUGAAAUAAAAGCACUUUUGAGAUUAAUUAACAUAAUUUUUAAUAAAAAAAGACUGCAUUUCACUGAAUAAUUGUUUAGUGCUAUUUAUAAUGGGAAGGAGGAAAAGGAACAGUUAUGAGAUUAGUUGUUCACAGACAGUCAGAUAAAAAACCCACAAAAUGAGUGAUUCUAGUGAAAAUUAUGAAGAUCUCCAGUCAGAACUGCCUCUGGAAUCCAUUUACACAAUUCGUGUUAUUCUGCUUCAGCUCAAAGUCCAGAGGAAUAAAAUGGAAAAUGUUAAGCAUUGUUGUGAGAAGAUUCGAGAAGCUGUGGAUAAAUAUGGACCAGGAAGUGAUACUUGGACCAUUAGAAACCGCACGAUUGUAUGCAUUUUGCCAGAAUAUUUAAAUUGUCCCAAUGAUUUAAUGAGUUUUCGGGAUUACGCUGAAAAUGUUCCUGAAGGCUACACUAGCAAUCAUUUGUCUCUUGUGGCUGGAGAAUUAGGAAUUAAUAUAAUAGCUGGAGCUAUUCCUGAAUGUUCUCACAGUGGACGACCACCUAUUUACAGUACCUGUGCUAUUUAUUCUACCGAGGGAGAAGUAAUUGGGAAGUACAGGAAGCUCCAUUUGUACGAUGUGGAUGCUCCUGGAUGCUAUCCCUACAAGGAGUCUGAUGUUUUUACCGCCGGAAAACACUAUAUAACGACUAAUAUCGAUAAUGCAAUGUUUGGUGUUGGAAUUGGCUACGAUAUAAGAUUUGAGGAACUUGCACGUGUAUAUCGCAAAGAAGGGUGCAAUUUUUUGGUUUACCCUGCAACCUUUUCGGCAUCUCAUGGACCUAGGGAUUGGCUAACACUGCAGCGUGCUAGAGCAAUGGAUACUCAGUGCUUCAUUGCAACUGUUGCUCAGGCUCGGGAUGAAAGAGCUGAUUUUCUCUCUCAUGGGCACUCUUCGCUUAUUGAUCCCUUUGGAAAUGUAGUUGCGAGUGCAGGAAUAGAGGAAUCGAUCAUAGCCAGCGACAUAGAUUUCAAUCUUGUUGACAAGGCUCGAGCUCAAAUUCCCAUUUCUGUCCAUCGUCGAACUGAUAUCUACGAUACGAUCAUUUAUUAGAUUUUUUCUAAAUUUGUUUCCUUGUAAUUUUUGUAUUUUCAAUGUUGUAAUGUGUCUUUCAGGUCUUGUAGGAAAUUAAAAUACUUUUGAAUGGCCCCUUCCCUGGUGAUCCGUUACUUCGAAUAAACUGUUAUACCAUUCUA